UUUCAAGUUUCGUCCACGCCUGUUCAUUCGAGCCAAUAAAGACCAAUAAAUACAACGAGACAAAAAAGCUUGCACAACUAAAAAGACAGAGAGAAACAGCGAAGAAAAGACCUGGGUUCAUCAGAUCAGCUGAGGAAACAAACAAUGAUAUUGGUGAUAAUUUCAUUUUCUUUCCUCCUUUAUUGCACGGCAUCUGAUGUUUGCAAAGACCGCCUCAGACCGGCAAGUGCGUGCAAAAACUUAAUACGAAAUUAUCGCAGAUACUACAUUGACGGUUGUAAGUGGGAAUCUGUACGGAAAAAUUGCGCUCUAACGUGCAAUUCGUGUGUGGUAAAACCAAAGUGUGCCACGCGAGUCAGUAAGUACGGAUGUUGCUGGGACAAGAAAACGGAAGCCAAAGGAUACUAUGAAGAAGGCUGUCCCGAGUGCGCAGACCGUUUUCCAGAGUACUGCCAAAGACGAUCAUCUAUACUUUCCCCGGAGAUAGCGUGCGACACGAGGGGAAAAACUUUUUGUCCAAAGAGCUGUGGUGUUUGCCAAUCGCGCGCCCAAGCUCAGCCCAUGCCUGAUUGUCGUUACUCUCCAUACGGUUGCUGUUGGGAUGAAUCAGCAGCAGAGGGAAUGUAGAGACCAAUACCCUAAUGUUUGCACUCUUUGGCACGACUACUGCAGACCUGAAGAGUUUGAAUACAAGGUCCUGAAACAAUCAGUGGAAUUUAUUAAAGCAAACUGUCCAGUGACGUGCAAAAAAUGCCAACUGGGACAAAAGCAGAAGUCUUCAAGAAACCUCAACGAUCUAGAGCUUAUUACGAGGGAACUUCUGUGACGUGUUUUACGUCAUGAGAAACCGAAAAGGACGAGAGAUUAGCUGCCAAACAACGUGCAUCACACUGUUACCGUUUUUAUCGAUAAAGAAACAACGACGUCCGCCCUCUUUGCUAAAAGGAAGGAUACCAGAAGUUGUCAGAUGUUACCAUUUUGACGCAAUUAGAAAACGAAUUUUGAAAGACGGUCGCUACUGUUCCUAGACAAGAGAGUGACUUCAAAUUAAAAGGGAAAGCUUUCCCGGAUCGAAACUUUGAAAAUGAAUAAAUAGAGAUUAUAGGAAAUAGUACUCUUAACUGUCGAAACUGCAGCAAUGGUAAUACAGUUACAACAGAACAAACACAUCUUUUCAGCCCUCUAUAGAGUUUUAUACCCAGUUAACUUCCGCAGUGAGGUAGUUAUAUUGAAAAUUGCUGCUUGCGUAAGAUUAAGAAGAGCAAAAAUUGUUAGCCAAAAUAGGUUUAUCGCAGUUGCUACGAGAGAUGGUCGCUUCCACGAGUCUUGUGUAUAUAUUCUUUCAACAGACUAUAUUUUGGUACUUUUGAAAAGAUGUAAUUGCUGUAUUUGUUAAAAUGUAAAGAGAAAUAAACGUAACAUUAACAAGAAAAAUGGUUAACAUGA